GUUAAAUGCUUCUUUCUCAGCAACUGAAAUCUUACAUUACAAGAAGAAUGAUUAUUAAACCUGUCAACUGUUUUCAAGACAAUUAUGCAUACAUUUUGUUAGACGAAAGUUCAAAAAAAGCUGCUGCUGUAGAUCCAGUUGAACCUGAUAAUAUACUAAAGGCUUUGAGUGAAUACCCUGAUUAUACAUUAUCAAUGAUCCUUACAACGCAUCAUCAUCACGAUCAUGCUGGCGGUAAUACUUCAUUUUUAAAAAAGCUUGAACCCGAAAAAAUCAAGUGUUAUGGUGGUUCUGAAAAAGUCAAUGGCGUAAAUCACAUUGUCAAAGAUAAUGAAACCAUUCAAUUAGGUUCAUUGUCCAUUCGUGCCAUAACCACUCCCUGUCACACAAUGGACCAUAUCUGCUAUUAUGUUGAAAACAACGACGAUGAUCGUGCUGUGUUUACAGGUGAUUGUCUCUUUAGUUCGGGAUGUGGUCGCUUCUUUGAAGGAUCAGCUAAAGAGAUGUGGGAAGCUCUUUCUAAAUUGGCUGCCUUACCCGAUAACACUAAAGUCUAUUUUGGACAUGAAUACACUUUGAGUAAUCUCAAGUUUGCAGAGUCUGUUGAGCCUCAUAAUAAGGAUAUUCAAGAAAAAAAGAAAUGGGCUCAGCAAGUUAAAUGUACAACGCCUUCAACAAUUGGUAACGAAAAAUUGACAAAUCCAUUUAUUCGAUGUGAUUUACCUGAAGUGUUUAAACAUAUUGUACAUCAUCCUGAAAAGGCAAAACAGGUUGACAUCUUGGGUCAACUUCGAAGAAUGAAAGAUGAUUUUUAAUAAAGGAUAUAUUAUGUUAUGUUGAUAUAAUAUGAUACGAUGUAUAUAUAUAUAUGUAUGUGUGUGUGUGUGUGUGUGUGUGUGUGUGU